GCGACGUUGUACUUCCACUCUUCGUAUUACACAGCUACCCUUUAACCAACAAUGAAUUGCAUCAAAGCCGUGAUUGCGUGUUGCCUCCUAGUGGCCGUAUCCGGAGGUGUAGACCGAAGGAGAGGCGGACAAGGAUCCAACAGAUUCCUUCCUGGAGGCUUCGGUGGCGUCCAUGGAGGUGGUCUCUUCGGCGGCGGUUUUAAUGGUGGCGGAAUCCAUGGUGGCGGUAUCCAUGGUGGAAUCCACGGUGGUAGUGGUAUUAUUGGCGGUGGAGUCUCCAAUGGCCCAAGUGAAUGCAGAUAUUGGUGCAAGACUCCGGAGGGUCAAGCCUACUGCUGUGAGACGGUUCAUGAACCUGAGACACCUGUUGGUACCAAGCCACUCGAUUGUUCACAAGUCCGUCCCACAUGCCCACGUUUCCAUGGGCCACCCACAACCUGUUCCAACGACUACAAGUGUGCAGGCCUCGAUAAGUGUUGCUUCGACAGGUGUUUGGGAGAACACGUAUGCAAACCUCCCUCAUUUUUCAAUAACCAUCUCCCCUUUUAAGGGUGGUUAUCGCUAAUAAAUAGCCAUCGGUUUUCCGUUUGAUAAUGGAAGAUAGGAAAUCUGUGAUUUGUAAAUAUUUAUUUAAGAAUAAGAAAUCUUUAUAUGUUUA